GAGAGAGGCACAGACGAUCAGACGGAGUUCAGACCAAACUAGCAGCUUCCUCUGAGUGAGUCCAGCUACAGGAGAGAAAAGUGGAAAACUCCAACACUGCUGCUUCAAGCUGCUGACGCUCCACACACUGAAUCUUCACUCACAGACUCAAUGGCUUCCAGAUCACAGAAGGAUCUCUGCUGUCCGGUCUGUCAGGAGGUCUUCAGAGAUCCUGUUAUUCUGUCAUGUAGCCACAGCUUCUGUAAAGACUGUCUGAAGAGAUGGUGGAGAGGGAGACCAACACACGAGUGUCCAGUUUGUAAGGAAAUAUCAGUUUAUGAUCCACCUUUAAACCGAGCUUUAAUGAACCUGUGUGAGUCGUUCUUACAGGAGAGAGAUCAGAGAGCUUCAGAGGCUCUCUGCAGUCUGCACUCUGAGAAACUCAAACUCUUCUGUCUGGACCAUCAGCAGCCAGUGUGUGUCGUCUGCAGAGACUCAGAAAAACACAACAAGCACAGAUUCAGACCCAUCGAUGAAGCUGCACAACAACACAAGAAGGAACUUCAGGAAACUCUGGAGCCCUUAAAGAAGAAGUUAAAGGUUUAUGAACGAGUUCAAGUGAAGUUUGAUCAAACAGCAGAACACAUUAAGGUCCAGGCCCGACACACAGAGAGGCAGAUUAAGGAGCAGUUUAAGAAGCUUCACCAGUUUCUAGCAGAGGAAGAGGAGGCCAGGCUGGCUGCACUGAGGGAGGAAGAGGAGCAGAAGAGUGGGAUGAUGAAGGAGAAGAUGGAGGCUCUGAGCAGAGAGAUAGCAGCUCUUUCAGACACAGUCAGAGCCACAGAGGAGGAGCUGAGAGCUGAAGACGUCUCAUUCCUGCACAACUACAAGGCUGCAGUGGAAAGAGUCCAGCGCUGCCCCCUGCUGGAUGAUCCACAGCUGCCCUCAGGAGCUCUGAUAGACCAGGCCAAACACCUGGGCAACCUGACCUUCAACAUCUGGAAUAAUAAGAAGGACAUGGUCUUCUACACUCCUCUCAUUCUGGACCCAAACACUGCUCAUCCAAAACUCAUCCUGUCUGAAGAUCUGACCAGUGUGAGACGAGGAGGAGAUGAACAGCAGCUUCCUGAUAAUCCAGAGAGGAUUGAUUCAUACUGCUCUGUCCUGGGCUCUGAGGGCUUUAACUCAGGGACUCACAGCUGGGAUGUUGAAGUUGGAGACAGUACAGGGUGGGAACUGGGUGUGUUAGCAGAAUCUACCCAGAGAAAGGGACUGAUAAGGUCUGGAAUAUGGAAAAUCGGUUUCAGUUUAGGUAAAUACUCAGCAUGCUCUCCAUCAGCUCCUCUCACUGCUCUCUCAGUACAGAAGAAGCUCCAGAGGAUCAGAGUGAAUCUGGACUGGAACAGAGGAAAGCUGUCGUUCUCUGAUCCUGAUACUAACACACACAUACACACCUUCACACACACUUUCACUCACAGGAUGUUUCCAUAUAUUUAUACAUGGGAUGAAGUGAAGGUGUGUCCGUUGAAGGUGUCAGUGUCAGUGGAGCAGAUGAGUUGAGGAUGAUGAUAUUUCUAAUGUUGUUUCCUGUCAGUGAAUUGAAGCUGUUAAACUGCAGCUGUCCUCCUGCUGCCUCGUUGUUCAUCAUGAAAUGUUGACAGUUUUAACUUAUUAAUAUAACUUAUCAGCUCAACAAACCUGAGGAGGUUUGUUGUGCUGAUAAGGACAACAACGAUUUGUUCCUCCCACCAUCCAAAGACAUGUAGUUAAUGGGGAUAGGUUAAUUGGUUAAUCCAAAUUGCCCAUAGGUGUGAAUGUGAGUGUAAAUGGUUUUCUGCCCCCUGUGUACCCCGCCUCUCGCCCUAUGAGAGCUGGGAUAGGCUCCAGCAUCCCCCACGACCCUGAAAAGGAUAAGCAGAAGCAGAUGGAUGGAUGGAUGGAUUCCACAUACAAUCCUGUGCAUUUUAAUUAACAUGAACACUGAAAAAGUUGCACUGAGUAAAACAUUAGUUUUAAUUUGUUCACUAACAUCAUAAUACUCCUGUAAUGCAGGAUUACUACAUGUCAAUAUGCUAUCUUUGUUGUUAAAAAUAUUUAAAAAUAAAAAUUAAAACUAGUCUUACUGUAAGGCAGUUGUUGCAAGGCCUGUAUCAAAAUUAAAGGUGAGAAUUUUAAAGGCAACGCAUGUAUUUACUAAUAAUGGCAAUGGUCCCAUCCAGUAUUUGGUGCGGUUCACAUUAUAGUCAGCUAUGCAUGGUCAUUGUUACACAUAUCUUUUCUGGUAUUUGUAAAUGUUGAUCUACCUAAAAAUGUUGCAUUUUAAUAAUGAAUUGUGCAAUAAUGGACGCAUUAGUAAAUUGA